CAAAAAAAUUACAGCCCUGUUUCAAUCAGUGUGUAUUCUAGUGAGGGCUGCUUUUCCUCCCGUGUAAAACCUUUGGCAUGUCUGUUUCCUCCUAAGAAAAACUGGAAUUUCUGCAUGUAAAACACUUUCUAACAGCUUCUAAAGAAAGAAAGCAAAAGCCAAGCAGCCCUGCAAGGGGAGACCAAAAAAUCCAUACAGCUUCAGCCUGACAUACGUUUGGAAGGGAUGAAACUGGCUGGAAGGCAUUUAUGAAGAACAGGGGGAAGCUGUAACAUCGCUUUGUACGGAACAUAGUGGAACAUGGAAUUCACUUAUUGUCUUCUGUGGAAUAUGUAAAUUUGUGGAUCACAAGCCAGGAAUACAAGUAAAAUAUGGAAAAACAAGGAGAAAUAUCAUUGCUGGACAUACAUUUGCACUUUAACGAUCCAGACCUGCAUCAUUUGCUAUCAGCAAUAGGUACUGUGAUGUACUGAAUUCCUCUCUGUUUGCAUGACACAGAAGCAGGAGAAAAAAAAGGACAAAAUAAGAGUGGACCUCGGGGAAUGUUUCUUACAAAUCACAGCAGAUGGCAUGGAACACUUGGGGAUCUGGUGGUAUUUUCAGGACCAUAAUUCUGUUUUUUAUCUCUGUGGAUCCAAAAGAGACCAAUGUUGGAAAAAAGUUACUCCCUCUUCUUCCUCCAGAUUUUCUCUCUGCAGAACUCAGGUUUAAACAUGGAUAUGCUUAAUAAGGAGAACUUUGUGAAUAUCACCAAGAGCUCCUUAUUCGAAAUAAACCACGACAGAAGGUUCUACAGGAGUGACAUGUUAGCAACAGGAGUUAAUACUUCCGAUAUAUUAAACUGGACUAUGGCUUCAGAAAACCUAACACAUCUCACUACAGAAGGAAGCAAAUUUUCUUUGGAAAAGAACUGGCCAGCCCUUUUGACAGUCACUGUUAUAGUGGUUACCAUUGUUGGGAAUAUUCUUGUCAUAAUGGCAGUGUCUCUGGAGAAAAAGCUACAAAAUGCCACCAAUUACUUUCUCAUGUCCCUUGCUAUAGCUGAUAUGCUUCUGGGCUUUCUAGUCAUGCCUGUUUCUAUGCUGAACAUAUUGAAUGAUUAUGAAUGGCCUUUACCCCGAAAACUUUGUCCUGUAUGGAUUUAUUUGGAUGUACUCUUCUCUACUGCCUCUAUCAUGCAUCUCUGCGCUAUUUCUCUGGACCGGUACAUUGCAAUAAGAAAUCCUAUCCAUCACAGUCGCUUUAACUCAAGGACCAAGGCUUUUGCCAAGAUAAUAGCUGUAUGGACAAUUUCUGUGGGUAUUUCAAUGCCGGUGCCUGUGUUUGGCCUACAAGAUGACAGUAAAGUAUUUGACCAAGAAAACUGUUCCUUGUCAGAUGAAAAUUUCAUCAUCAUUGGCUCCUUUGUGGCAUUUUUUAUACCUUUAAUCAUCAUGGUGAUCACAUACUUUCUAACAAUAAAAUCACUCCAGAAAGAAGCUACUUUGUGUAUUAACAACCUUGGAGCUAAGAGCAAACUGGCUUUGUUUAGCUUCCUCCCUCAAAGCUCAAUUUCCUCAGAAAAAUUAUUCCAGCGCUCUUUGCAAAAGGAACUUGCUCCUUAUGGGAGAAAAACUAUGCAGUCUAUCAGUAAUGAACAAAAAGCCUCUAAGGUCCUAGGAAUUGUCUUUUGUCUUUUUGUCAUUAUGUGGUGUCCAUUUUUCAUCACUAAUGUGAUGGCCGUGUUUUGCAAGGAAUCUUGCAAUGAGCAUAUAAUUGGGGAACUGCUGAAGGUUUUUGUUUGGAUUGGCUACUUGUCUUCAGCCGUUAACCCACUGGUGUAUACACUUUUCAACCAAACCUAUCGCUCUGCGUUUUCACGCUACAUUCAGUGUCGCUACAGGGAGGAAAAGAAGCCUUUACAGUUAAUCUUAGUGAACACCAUCCCGGCAUUGGCCUACAACUCAAGUCAGCUCCAGCUUGCACAGAUGAAAAGCUUAAAGAAAGGCAAAAUGAAGACCAAUGACUAUUCAUUGGUUACUAUUGGGUUACAACCUUUAGAUAAAGCUUCUAAGACUGGUGUGGCACCACUAAAUGAAAAUGUUAGUUGUUUGUGACUGUGGCACAUGUAGAAAAUGACAACAAAUAUGUUACAUACACUGAAAGGGCAAUGGUCAGGGAGUGUAAGAAAAAUAGUUUAAAAAUAAAAAAGUGUGCGUAAUAAGGGACAUCUAAUAUAUAAGCAUACUCAUUUGUUUUUGUUUUUACGGAAAACAGGGUAAAGAUUGAUGUAAAUAUAGAAAACAGCAUUAUCAUCAGUGGUAUAUUUAUUUUAAAAGAGGCUGCAAACAAGCCAGUCAGGUUGAUGUUAUGGUUAAGGCAUGUAGAUGUCUUACUACAAAACACUCAAUUGUUUUACUGUCAACAAGCACUUUAAAAGGAACACAUGAAUACAAUUGGUGCUGGAAGAAAGAAACUCAUGCCCAUGCUGAGAUAACAAUUUGAAGCACUGGGUGGUAUUUCUUCACCCGACAGCGCAGGACCGCUGUCAUAGGAUAAUGUACAAUAGAGGGUACCUCAGUAGGCCACAUUUUGGUAUGCCACUUCUAAGGGACACUAUAAAUAUUAUCAUUAUUAUAAAAAGCUACCCAUAAAGAUAUUAAGAUACCUUUGUACAGGUAAACACAGUUAUAAAGUAGGUAUAAAGUGGGUCUAGGUUAAUGGGCCCUUUUGGUCGCUUGCCUUAUCACAUAAUUAGCAACAAAAUUAAAAGGAAAUGUGGAUCUAGAGAGUAUAUGACAAUGUGGAAAUCCCUAUGUAUUUUAUUUUGAACAUUGAGAACACACAAAUGUGCAUGAUAUUUUGUGGAGAAGAGUUCAGUUUCCUCCUGAGAUAUCAGGCAUAGUUCAACAUCAUUCAGUCUGUUUAUUAAUGGUCAAAUCGGCAUAACAUUUGGUGAAAAUCCCUUUGUAGCAAUGAUCUUUUUUUCAUUGAGCAUUUUCUCCAUAUGAUUGGUUUGACAAUUUCUGAGGAAGGAAUUUGAUUGCACGUUUACUAUUGUAAAAAGACCUGUAAAAGUGAAAUUAGCAGCUAACUUUUAAACUAAAUGUCACAUGCUCAAACCUACCACCAUAGACAAAUAUACUAUUUUUCACAUAUUUUGCAAAUAUUUUUUUUACAAUUAUUUACAUGGUAAAAGCAAAGCUAAGGAACCAAAUGGAUGGCAUUGCAGGUUAGUAAACAGGUCCUAUGGAAUUCCAAAUGAUCAUAUACUUCCUAAACCCAUUCUAGUACAGAGAAGCAAGUAUUCUCCCAUAUUAUAGGUUUAUUUUGCCCGUUUUAUAGGUGUCUGUUGAUGAGAUUUAAAAGAUUUAUCUGAUGAGAAAGAAUAUGGUAGCUCACAGGACUAAAUAUGCAGAUAACGAAGGCUCCUUGAGCAGAAUAUCUUAUUCCUAUAUGUUUUCUGGCAUACCUGUAUGAAAAUAAAUUGAAUGUCAGCUUAUACUAUUUUCCAGUAAAUGUUCCCUUUAAGGCAUGUGAAAUCUUAGCCCAUAGCACUUGGAGGUAAAAUUAUGUGUAACUAUACAAUAAGCCUCUUGCAACUUUAUAGCAAAGGAAAAUUAAAGGUUGCGCAUCUGAUCAAUUGGAUAAAUGGUUAAUUGUAAUAUUACAGCUAUAUUUGUUCAAAAAUCCAUUAGACUAUUGAAUUGAAUUUAAGAUUGAAACAUAAACUUUGAAUGUACAACAUGUCUUCUCUUUUCCAUCUGCUAAAUCUCUUGGUGUUUCUCAUUUUCAAAAUGUUCAGAUGAUUCAUUUACGGAGGGAAAGUGCAUUGUAUAUUUUUGAGCAAUAUUAUAAAUUAAAUCAAUGCAGUUAUUUUUCUUAAUGUUUCAUAUGUGCUGUAAUGAAAUCAUUUUGACAUAAAAAAAGACAUAAUUAAACUUGAACAUAUGUGAUAUUUUUAACAUUUGA